AUGGACCUCGAGACGUCUUUCAACGACAUGAAUUUCAACAUUUUAAGUCCUGCAGCGCCUGUGCUGGCGCCUCGAGUGGGCACAUUGGCUAUCACCGGCCGCAAGACAAUAUCCACACCUCAUUUUAUACCAUCCACAUCGCGAGGCGCUGUGCCACACAUUGCUCAAGAUGUAGUGAGAAAAGAGACUGCCAUUAAUGGUCUAUAUGUUGGACUUGAGGACUUUAUUGAAAAGAAGCAUCCCGCCGCGCUAUAUAAAAUGUCCGUCGCAGUUGACGAGUCGCCAUUGAGAAAUUUUAUAUGUGCAUCUGGUGAUAUGCCUCUGAUACUAGGGCCUCGCCGGUUUCCAGCAAUUACAUGCCCACCGGACAAUACCAAUACAUCGAUUGCGAUAUUCACCUCACUUGGUUUCCAACAGCUCACAGCACACGAUUAUAUUGAGGCGAUUCAAAAUCUCAAGCCCGAUAUUGUCGUUGGAUUUGCUGACCUUACACACGGGAAGCAGCCGGGUGUCAAGAGGCGGGAGAAGAUGGUAGAUCGCACACAUGCAUAUACUCGCCAUGCGCUGGAGAAUUUGUACAGCCAAAGCACGACGACAAAGGCCGCAUAUUUUGCGCCAGUUCUACCGCUAGACAAUGCACAACAGACAAUAUACCUGGAUGAUUUGGAGGACGAAUUCCGAGACUCUCUUUCUGGGUUGGCUCUAUUUGAGUCUGAUUCUCUUGAUUUCAUUCCAGAGUCCCUAGGCUAUCUGCCCCGUCUACUAUUCAGCGAGCCUUCAGAACCUCACGAUCUUCUGCGCCAAAUAUCCCUCGGCGCAGAUCUUCUCACUGUCCCGUUCGUGAAUUCAUCUUCUGACGCGGGAUUGGCGUUCGACUUCACUUUCCCUGCACCCGUGCAGCAAGAUGGAAGUCAACGGCACUCUCUGGCAAUUAACCUGUGGUCCCCAGAGCACAAAAUGGAUGUUUCGCCUUUGCGCGUAGGCUGCGAAUGCUUUGCCUGUCGAAAGCAUCACCGCGCCUAUCUAAACCACCUCCUUGCUGCGAAAGAGAUGACUUCAUGGGCACUUCUCCAAUUGCACAACCAUCAUAUGAUGGAUCUCUUCUUUGAAGGAGUGCGAGGAAGCAUUCAGCGGGGCUCUUUUGAAGAAGAUGUAAUGGUGUUUAAUCGUUUCUACGAGGCCUCAUUGCCUGAACCGACUGGUGAAGGGCCCCGACUUCGUGGUUACCAACUCCCUGCUGCGGGUCCUAAUCAGCCGAAGCGUGCGCCUCGUGUUUAUGGUCGUCUUGACGAUGUUCAGCAAAUGUUGGCUGAAUCUCGGUCUUCCGUAGCUACUCCUGAUACGGAUGCCGAAGGGCUCGAACACCACGGCUUCGCAGCGAAGGCAUAA